GUCCGGCUCCCUCCUUCCCGCUCCAUCCUUCCCGCUCCCUCCCUCCUCCCAUUCGCGCCUUCAGGGAGCCGCUGCAGGAGCUUGGUGCGGGGGCUGGUCUUGUGUCUAUGCAAUUAGGAAGGCCCAGUUUUCACUAGAGCACCUGUCACCCGCAGUGGUUGUUAAAAUUGUGGGUCACGCCUAAAGAUAUAUCGGUGCUGUCUACGUGGAGCUGAAUAGCCAAAGCAGAACGUUACUGGAGGUAUGGGUGUAAGCUCUGCCGCAACAACCCCACCCUUUUGGCGUGGAGUUUGUAUCUAAAGUGGGGUGGGUGGAUCAUUUGGCUGUUUCUACUGUUGAAGUUUUGCCAGUGGACAAAAAAUAAUUUCAAAAAAUGGGUUGCUUUCGAUGCUUGUGGUCUUCUAUGUACAUGUGCUUUAUGUGGGUGAGUGCAAAACUCAAGUUGAUUUUAAACAAUACCUAUGGCCAAAAUUCAUAUGGCAGCCCAGAUGUUACACCCGUUAUCUGAGUAAUGCACACCAACUGACUGCAGCUCAAAGUUAACCUGUAGUGGAGCAGGACAUGGCAGGCUUGACAUGGUUGGUGUGGUUUUCACUCCCUUAGUUCACACACACAAUGCUUCAAGUGAUUCUUAUGUUCAAGAAAUAAAGUCACUAAAAUCUACUGGUUUUGGGUUUAUUUACUCCUGAAUAUAACUUUUUUACAUCAUGCAAGUUUAAUAUAAAGAUCUCUUUCUGUCCCUAAAAAAACCAUACAUAAUUUUAUAUGCACCAGAGCACUUACUAUUGCAGUACACUUUUAGAGCAAUACUGGAUAUUACAAUUACUCUUUGCAGUUUGUUUUUACUUUUAAUAAGGGUUUAUGAAGAUUUCUAAAACUCUUUUUUAUUAAAGAUUUAUAAACCCCUUAUAUUGCAUCUACACAGGAUGAUCCCCUUAUAAUUUACAAGGAUUGAGGAAAAAACGUGGAUAGCAUUAUAUGCCCAUCUCUACUCUGAUCUUUGCCUUGUAAUUACAGCAUAUCCUCCAGGUCACAACACUGGGUGCAGACACAGAGAUUUACUGUUUGCAAACUCAGCUCUGCAUAGUAGUGAGCAAAUGCUCUUCCCCAUGCCCCCCUCACAGUUUUAGGGAGAUUUUGAGUCUUUCCCCUUUUGCUCUAAAUAUUGCAGACAAAUCAUGUGCUCCAAUUAGUGCUGAUACUGGUGUUUAUUUCUCUAAGUAAAAAGCACAAUGUUGGGAGUCUCUUACUUUGUUGGAAAUCCAUCCUUCUUAGUUACUUUUUUGUUAGAGAGUCCUCAUGAUUUCUCUCUGUCUGUCUCUUUCUCCUCCUCUUUCCAUUCCCAAAUUACAUUCAAUACAAUUCCAGUAUAGGAGUUCUUCAAAAAUCCCUUGCUUGGUUUCCAUCCCUUCAGAAGAGAUUUCAAUGCAACUCAUCCAGCCUUGCUGUUGCACAGGACUGUGAGUUAUCUGUGUAUUUAAUUAAGUGGAUUGUCAAGUUGGAAAAAAACCCACAAUAACUCAUCAGAAGAUGUUUCCCGUUUUUCAAUAUCAGCCUUUAAGACUAAUAACCCAAAACAGUCUUUCUAGCAUGUGUUUAAAACUCACAUUUUCAAGACCUGUUGCAUUUGCACAAAUAUGGAAGUCAUGGUUCUCAAGUCAUUCUCUUCUUGGAAAGAAAAAUAUUAUCCUGAUGGGACCUCCAGGUGCUGGGAAAACAACGACUGGGAGAAUAGUGGGCCAGAAACUGGAUUGCCCUGUCAUAGACAUAGAUGAUGAUGUCCUUGAAAAAACCUGGAACAUGAGCGUGUCACAAAAACUGCAGGACCUUGGUUAUGAGGAAUUUCUAGAGGAGGAAGGAAAAGCCCUGUUGAAGUUCUCAGCAUCUGGAAGUGUCAUUUCCCUCAGUGGAUCCAAUCCAAUGCAUGCUGCUGGCAUGCAGCACAUAAAGGAGAAUGGAAUAGUUGUGUAUCUGGAUGUGCCCACAUCAGUCAUUAUGAGCAGGCUGAAAUCAAAGCAGAUGGAUCGUAUUGUGGGGCUGUCUCCUGGUGUUUCUCUCAAAGAUGUGCUCCAGUUUAGGAAGCAGUUCUACAAAAGGUGGUUUGACAUCCGUGUUCUUUGUGGUGGGGAUGUUGCUGCAGAGGUCGUGGCAGAAAAGGUACUUGACGCUGUGAAGAGAUACCAAGACUCAGAACUGGAAACUUUCAUUUCAACAAGGUCUAGUAGGUCUGGAAGGAGUACGGAAGAAGACUCUAAUAAAUUUUAUUUCAGUGAUGUUGUUAUUCAGGGCUUAGCCCUUGAUGGGGGACUCUUUGUUCCUGAGAGAGGACUUCCAAAAUUCACUGCUGAAGAAUGGCAAGGUCUGAUAGAAGCAACUUACGUUGAAAGAGCCCAGGUGAUACUAGAAAGAUGCAUACAUCCUGCUGAUAUUCCUGCUUCUAGGCUGGCAGAAAUUAUUGAAACUGCUUAUGGAGAAAACUUUAGUUGUUCUAAAGUUGCCCCAGUUAGGCAUCUGGCAGGCAAUCAGUUCCUUCUUGAGUUAUUUCAUGGACCAACAGCAUCAUUUAAAGAUUUUGCAUUACAGUUGAUGCCACAUUUAUUUGCCUACUGCAUUCCCAGAAGCUGCAAUUACUUGAUUCUGGUAGCUACUUCUGGGGACACGGGGAGUGCUGUUCUGGAUGGCUUUAGUCGUCUCCAUGACACUGACAAACAGAGAAUUGCUCUGAUGAAUUUUUUUCCUGAGGAUGGAGUAAGCCCAAUUCAAAAAUCACAAAUGAUUGGCUGUCAGAAGGAAAAUGCUUGGUCAGUGGGUGUCAAAUCAGAUUUUGAUUUUUGCCAGACAGCUAUAAAGCAAAUCUUUACUAAUUCUGAUUUUACUGGCUUUCUUACAGUAGAAUAUGGAACAGCUUUAGCUGCAGCAAACUCCAUAAACUGGGCACGACUGCUUCCUCAGAUAGUUUAUCACGCCUCUGCGUACCUUGAUCUCGUUCAUCAGGGUAUUAUUUCUUUUGGAAGCCCUGUAGAUGUUUGCAUUCCUACGGGAAACUUUGGCAACAUCUUAGCUGCUUUCUAUGCUAAAAUGAUGGGAAUUCCUAUCAGGAAAUGUAUUUGUGCUUCCAAUGAAAACAAUGUUUUGACUGAAUUCAUAAGAACAGGUGUUUAUGAUUUGAGGGGAAGAAAAUUAAUUUCCAGUUUUUCACCAGCAGUCGAUAUUUUGAAGUCCUCCAAUCUUGAGCGAUACUUACACCUGAUUGCUAAUGAAGAUGGACAGCUGGUGACACAAUUAUUUAAUCAACUGGAAAAUCAGGGCCACUUCCAGCUGCAGAAAGAUCUACUUGGAAAGCUUCAGCAGGACUUAGUGGCUGGCUGGUGCUCUGAUGAGGACUGUCUGGCUGCCAUUCACUCUGUGUACAGUACUACAGGAUAUAUUUUAGAUACACACACAGCUGUUGCUAAAGUAGUUGCAGAUCGAUUACAAGAUAGAACUUGCCCAAUUAUUAUUUCAUCUACAGCUCAUUAUUCUAAGUUUGCACCUGCUAUCUUGAGGGCCUUGAGGAUUGCAGAAAUAAAUCAGAAUCCAUUAAGUCAGCUUCACUUGCUGAGUUCUUACAGCGCUCUGCCUCCAAUCCACUGGGGCCUAUUGGAAACCCUGAAAAAGACAGGAAAUGGGGAUCACCAGGUCUGUGCUGCUGAUAUGAGUGUGCUGAUGUCCCAUAUAGAAACCUUAAUUCAAAAUCAUUUUAUGAAAGUUUUUUGAGCAACUGGUCCAAUGAACACAAUUGCAAUACCUUCUUAACAAGCUGCAUGCUUUAUGAAAGCCAUCAUUCCUCUGGCCUGUGUCCAGUCCACAGCACAUCUCACAGUUUUAUAUUCAGUUGUCAAGCUUUCAACAGUAUUUGUAAGUAACAUGUGUGAGAUUUCUAGUGGCAGUGAAAGGUUGUGAAUCUAGAGUGUAAAAAACUGGAAUACCUCUUUGCAAAUCAUACACAGUAGAGAUGCCAGCACUGCUGGCUCUCCUUGGCAGUGCUGAAGCAUCCUCGAUGGAAAGAGACAGAUAAUGAAGUCUGACCUUUCUGGAACUAAUAGCUCUGGUUUUGUUGAACAAUGAUGUGAACCUUUGGUCAGUGGAUGUUUAAUUAAACUUUAACUCAUUUCACUUAGGGCACUGAAACAUAGUGAUAUAAUGGUGUUCAUAUGUAACUAAUGAGAGUUGAUUUCACUACAAAGAUUAAAAUACCCUUGUAUUGUUAAUCCUUGAACCAUUGAAUUUUGUGAUAUAUUACCUUCUUGUAUAAUGUUUUUAUGUAUUGUGUUGCCAGUGUCUGAAUAUAAAAUCUGGUAAUUUUGUUUUUAAUGCUUUUUUUCACAAAUAUUUUCCUGUGUCAAAUAGAAUACCUAAUUAAAUAUUUUUAAUAUAUUUGAGGUGUGCCUCUUUCUCUAAUGUCUUGUGGUCUCUUUCCUAGACGUUUUUUAUUUGAACUUUCAACUUUAAAAUCCUUUUUUAGUACUAUAGAAGAAUCUGAUAGUGGUAACAGCUGUCUUCUUAAAUAAGAAACAGACUUCACUAUUUAUUUAGAUAUAUUUUUUUGUAUUAUGUUUUAUCUUGGAGAUCAUAUAGCUUUUCUUGUUCUAAUUACUUAUGUUUUCAUAUUUUUCUUAAGUUAAUUUCCUUGAUGUUCUAUUCUAUUCGAGCUUUGCAUGAAUUAAUGUUAGAAAGAAGCUUCCCAAAUUACUUGGCAUCUCAUCAAGGAAAGUGAAGGAUGAAUUCCAGUCUGAUAGCAUCAGAAGUGUUCAUUAUGUAACCCAAAAUACAUCUGUGUGGUUUUGCUAAUGACAGGCACUUUGCUGUUUGUUUUUUUUUUCUGAAGGAAAAUUAGACUGGAUUGUCCUAGGAGAUCAUGUGGUUAUGGACAAAUGUAUUCUACUAAUUGAAGAUUAUAUUUCACAAGGACAUAAACUACAUUUCAUACUAUGAGAAAUGGUAAAAUGAUAUAUUGAAAGGUUUAAGUGGCAUGCAGUUAGAGGUAAAGAGCUAAGAGUCUUCAGAUGUAAGGACAUACAGCUAUGGGAAGUUGUGUUUCCCACUAAGAUGCAAAUAAUCUGGUAAUUGAUAACCUUUUUUUGCCUCUUCAAUAGGCAACAUUUCCUACAUGUCAAGAUUCACUUGAGGCUUUGAACUGUUGUCAUAUCUGACAGCUUCCUCUGUGUGCCUGCUUGUACUUUUUGCCGCACUAGAAGUGAACAAGACACCAUCUAGCAAACUGUUUUAAUUGUCAUUUUUUCCAGCUGAAGGUAAAAGUCCCCAGCACGAUGUGCCUUUGCCACAGUGAAUGUGUAUAGAGUGUUAUUAAAUGUAGCUAAGAACAGGAGUGUGACACAGGAGCUUUCUAGAUUCCCCCAUUCUUAGGUACUUUUUUAGGACCUUUCUAGUUCUUUGCUAAAACCUUUUUCACUAUUUCUCUAGUAACUUUGAAAAAUAACUUUUUGUUUUUAUGGAAUUGUGAACAGGCCAGGUUGGAAGUGACCUGAAAAAGUCAUCUGGGCCAACCUUUUGUGACAAAGGGAGCCCAGAUGAGAUUAUCUAGCAUCCUUAUGGUUGUGUCUUAAAAACUUCUAGCAAUGGAGACUCUCCCAUAUCCCUGGGGAUAAUUGUUCCACUGUUCUCACUGUAAAAAUUUCUUUCUUAUACAAAAAUGAACCCUCUCCUGGUGCAACCUUCUCCUCUUCCCCUUGUCAUUUCCAUAUGGCUCCUUGUGAAGAGAGAGCCUCCAAUCUCUUCCUAACCACCACUGAAGUGUUGGACAACUGUGCUGAAGUGGCAGCUGAACCUCCUGUAGCAUGAAAAGAUCAGACUCACUGUCCUCAUAGGGCAGGGGAAUUUUCAUCAUUUUCCAAAUACAACAUGGAAAAGACCAUGAUUAUGUAAUUUUAAAAAAUCCAAGUCCUGUAAGAAAAAGUUACAUCAGCAUAUUGCCAAGAAAGGAGCACUGCUUGUAUCAGUGAUAAGUGAGCAUCCACCUUGUAUUUCUCUGUUUCAAUCUGAUUCUUACAGUAAUUCCAAGUGGCAAAAAAUUUAAUGCUUUCUCUGGAUGUGCUCAGUAGAAAACCAGAAUUCUAAACCUUGAAAAUAAAAACCCAAAACCAAACAAACCCAACUGCCUGGAUUGAAUUACUGGGACAGGGCUUGGUUUCAGCAUAAGGACUCCGUGGAAAUCCUGCAGUACUUGGUUCCAUGGGGCUUAAUGGAAAAAUCACAGGGCUGUUUGUCACAAACUGUUACAAUACUUUAUAGAAACAUCUUCAAAGAGCUUGUUUUUGUAGAAAGUACCUGAAAGGGAAGAGCUGAGAUUCUAAACAAGAUAAGACUAGAAGCCAACAUCCUACCCUGAGAUAACUCAGUGUUAGAUAAACUGGUCAGAGCUAAACGAGCAGGAGAUUUAUUUUGGCAUGACUAAAUUAUUUUAUAGUUCAUGGCAGUAGCCCAAGCAUGGUUUGAAUUUCUGGUUGCUGCUUUCCUAUCACAUGAGCCAUUAUAGCAGCCAAUAUUAACUAAAUAAGUAAAAAAAUGAGCACUUGUACUUAGAAAAGGGCUUUCAAUGGGGACUUAGAGUGUCUAAGGGCAGUGGUUAAUGAACACAUACAAUAUUAAUACAUUUCUCAGAAUGCCUAAAGGCUUUUACAGUAUAGUAUUUACUAAUUUUAAAAAAUAAUUAAUUUUUAGACUUUCAUUAACUUCAGCAAACUAUUUUCCUGCACUACAUCUGCUUGUGAAUCCUAGUAAUGAACAUUAUAAAAUGCUGCAGUAGUGUUGUGAUCCUGGAUGUACACAGUAUUUGAGCUGGUGCUAAUGCUGUGUUCUGGUAGCUGUGGUGUACAAUCUUCUGUCCUGCAGGGCCUGCAGAAAUGGAAGGGAAAAAAUUUUCAGCAUGCUCAGAAUAGCUGGCUGUGGGUACAGAGGAUAGUGAGGGAAGCAAUCCUCCUUUCUCCCUAGCCCAGAUUUUCUUAGUGUCGGCGAUACGCUGUGGCUCAGCAAAUCUUGUGCUACUGAUAUGGUCCUUUUUUCCCCACUGUCAGAAUUAUGAAAGAUUCAGAAGGCAUUAAAGACUCUGCAGAAGUGCCCUUUUUUUUCAUCCUGUGUGUUCAGCAUGCAGACACUGUGCACCCUGGAUGCUGUCAUACAUUAUUUCCUAUUAACUUGUUAAGGCAAAGUAGUGUGCCAAUGGUACAGAAAAGCAAAUCUACAUUGUGCUGGUUAGUAAGAUUCCUUAAGCCAUUUAGGUUUGCUGUAUACACAGUUUGCUCCUAUUAGUCUAGCAGGAUGUUGCAGUAUCAAUCAAUAAAAUCCAGGUUGACAGAGAGUGUGAGCAUGCAGAGCUACACAUUUCUACUUGUUUUGUUGACCCAGAGUAAAAGCAUUGCUUUAGUUAAGCUGGUAUUCUUCUGUAUAGAUCAAUCUUGGCUGAACACUUCCUACUAUAUGAAAAACCUCAGGGACAAACUUAACAAAUGUAAGGAGAGACACAACGUAUAUAUUUACACUUUUUAUUAUAAUAAUAUUUAUGUGGAAAAUACUUUGUUUUGUUUACAGAUGUACCAGGUGCUCAUUACUUGCCUUUAGUCACAGCCCUUCUUGUCAGGGAGAAGACAUGAGGUAAAGGAUGAAUAGAACAUCAGAAGAUAAUUCUGUUUUCUUAGUAUUUUAUGAUAUAAAAAGAAUUGCUAUUUACACUUUUGAGGUGAUGAAAUAUUUUAUCUGAUGGAACUCUAGAGGGAAGAUUCUUGUUGGUCAAAAGGUCAGCUUUGCUUUCAAGGACAUCAAGAACAGAUAUUGCUAUUAAGUGUAUCAUAUUUGGCAUACAUGAAAUACACAUUACUCAUUUGUAUCCACUGUAUUUUUUCCUAAAUAAGCACUGCAAGAUUUAUAUAGCACUAUAGUUCUUUGUUUGCAGAUAUAUUUGAAAGUUCUUACCAAUCUGCUAUAAAGAAAAUCCACUAAAAUAAGUGGUUUCAGAGUUUGAUAUUUUUAAGUCUUGAAAGAUGUGUUUCCUUGAAAGUUGGUGUAUAUUUGGUGAUAAUCUAGUAAUUCACUUUGCUGAGACUAAGAUUUUAGUGUGAUAAUGUGCAUCAUUCUGGAAGGAAGGAUUUAUAAAAAAGGAAACACAGAUCAAAUCAGCAAAUGUCUAAAGACUGUUUACAUUGCACCACAGACUUGUCCAGUGCUGCAUGGAAAGCCUGUAUUCUGAGGAUUAGUAUGGAACAGGAAAUCUCUGAUAGUUUAAUGUUUUUUAUUCAUGUUUAGUUCUGUGGAGAGAUGAGCUAGUUGUCUGUUAGCUGAUGUGGAGCACCUUUGGUACACUGCUAAUAUCAUUUCAGGAUCAUGGGCUUAAAAAUUACUUGAACGGUUGAAACCACAAUGAGCAGUUAAUGUCAGUGAAUUAAUGUGAGUGGGCCAUUGAUUCUGAACAUGUAUUAGCAGCCUAAGGAGGAUUUAAAUGUCACUGUGUUUUCACAGCAGUUACAAAUGUGCUCAGCUUGUUUCUUCAGAUUUUUUCAGAAUGUAGAAAUCUAAAAGACAACCGUCUUGGUCUUGCUCUCCAACUUAGAGAGAACUAAAUCUUUCCAAGAUCUCUCAGUGUGGGCCAAGUGUCUCAGUGUGGAUCUCUCAGUGUGGACCACAAUCUAAGCUGUUUGCUCAGUUUACUUGAGAAGACUUUAUUUCCUGAUAAGUGUUUAAGAUGCUGUCUGGUCCCCUUCUUGGCAGUAUAGGAAAAUUAUUCAGUAGAAUUAAGGUAAGACCUGAUUUACUUGCAUAUGUCUGAUAUUAUAAAGUUUAACCAAGGGGAGCAGCCACUCUGUUUUCCUUGCACAACAUAGGAACACAUUUUUCAUAAAAAGUGUAUCUCAAGUUUCACAAAAUCAGUUACAUAGCACAGGAAUUGUUACUCUGGCAUUUUAUUUAGAUAUUUUGUCACUGGUAUUUGGAAUAGACUUAGAUUUUUAAAUAGUUCCUUUUAUUUUAAAGAGUUAUUGUUGUAGAAACAUGGAGGGUAUCACCCCCAGAUUUAAAAUUCAUUAUGACAAUAAUUGAGUCAAGCCUGAAAGAACUCAAAAUGUAAAUUAGAAAGAAAAGACUGAACAGAUUUGUUAUGUGAGUUCACACAAGAUUUGGCUCUUAACCAUGAGUUUAUUAAGAACAUAGGAGGAAAUAAAGUAAUGACUGUUCAAAUCUCCAGAUGCCACAAAACUUAAAUACUAAGGAGCCACUUAAUCAGAGCAAGAUUAAUUGCUUGGUUAGGAGCUGUAGGCAAUUUGCAUUUCACUCUGGCCUAAAGUAGACCUGUGUUUUUAGGAGAACAGAGGUUUGAGAACAUACUUAGCAAGUUGGAAUAAUUUGUGAUAGGAAAUGCUGACUUUGAAUGGUGUCUGGAGAUGAUGAGCAUUCUCAACUGAGCAUGAAAUUUCAGCAUGCCUUGUGGCCAAAAGGACCAGUGAGAUCCUGAGGUUAGAAGUGGGAAUACUGCCAGGGAAGAAAUACUGCUGUCUGUAUUUGGCUUUGAUGUAACCUUUUGGAAGAAUAUUAUGCUCAAUUUCAAUAGUCACAAUUUUCAGUAAUGCUGGGAAGCUGGACAGAAAAGUCAUGAGAACAAUAAAAGUAUUAAAAAGAACCACUGGCAUGAGAGACUCAAAAACCAGAAUCUGCUUAAUUUAGUGAAAGAAGAAUCUGCCUAAAUGAACCAUCUUUGGAGAAAAAUUGAUAAUAAAGAGCUGUUCCACAUAGCAGAGGAAGAGUGAUCCAGCAAGUGUAAGCAGAAGGACACGUUACAAAAAGAGAUAAAAGUACAUAACAGAACAGUAAAGGCAUCCCUAGUCUGGACAUAUUAGAUGAUUUCUUGAAAAAUGUGAUUUGAUAGAAAGAGGACUAAUUCAGACAAGUCAGACCCACGUUACAAAAGAGGUGAAACCAAACAAUCACAAGUCGUGUUUGGCUGCCCCAGGAGUAACUUGCCUUUAACAAAAGCAUGAACAGCAUUUCACAGAGAUUUCAGAGAUAGAGAUUAUGAGCUAAUUUCAGUUCUGCUGUGGUGUGAUCAGUACACAGAGCAAAAUAGGCUACUGAAUAUGUUUAGCCUUGUUCUUUCUGUCUCUAGAGAAUUGCAAAUGGGCUACUAAUGCAUACCCUGACUUGACUCAUGGCUAUUAGGAUAUGGCUCAUUAGUUUUAAAUUUCAUUAUACAAUACGCCUUGUGAUGGUUUGGGCUAUAUAUACUUUCAUUAUGAAAAUGAGGUGAACAGCACAGGAGGAAAGUGUCUGUGUAAAUGUCAGCUUUAUUGAAUGUAGCUAAUUAUUAUUUAUUUUCUCAAGCUUUUAAAAGUUGGAGGUCUUUUGAAAUUUAUUAGAUGCUUUUGGGCCCCUUUUUUCUCAGCUUUUACAAGUUUUACAAGCAACCUGCAAUCCAAUGGCCAUUUAAAAUUCAUCUUCAGCUCAUAAUAAGACUUAUAUGACAAAUGAAAAAAUCCAAUAGUUCCUUUUUAUAGUUAAACUUGAACUUUUAUAUACCAAUUAAAGCUUAGAGAAGGUAAAAUAUACUAAUAGGUUCUGCUCUAGCAACAUAUUUUGAUUUAAGUGUAUUUUUUCAUUACAUUUUAAACUAAUUCACUAAAUUAUAUCUAAAUAGAGCAGGCAUUUAGUGGACUUGUUUUCUAAGUAUCUGUGGCAAUCUGAUUCUGUUUAAAAUGCUAAUAAAUGCAUCCCAUCUACUAAUGAAACCAGUGCUCCCUGCAUAAUUAAUUAGCAUUUUAUACAGAUGAGCCAUAUUCACAGUAUUUUUCUACCAGAAAGGUUAAUAAAAGAAUUUGAUGCAAUUUUGAAACACCACAAGAGCAGCUUAUUUCUGUAAAACCAGUUUUUUGCAAGUAAAAAUUUUAGUGACAUUUACCUGGAAUCGUUGUCCCAUACAGCUUUUAUCCACAAGGUGGCAUUCCUAACAGGAGUUUGAUAGACACAGUCCCUUGCAGUUUUUGAAGAGCUCUAAGUGAGAGGCAAUCAUAAGCAUUUGUAAUAUUAUAUGAGCUUUUUAUGAUUUCAUUUUUAUAAUUUAAGAAACCUUAAUUAUAAUUAGGUUAAUACUCAUUGGUGUGUGGAGUAUCCAGAAAUACGUGAUGGUUUCAGGUUACAAAACAGCACAUUCAUUCAUGGCAUUAUAUGCUACUAGACGCUUUUCAACUGUAAAGCUGGAAUCAAUUUUACUUUAGUGAAAGAGUCUGAAAUAAUAAUUUAAAAAUUCUUUAAAUCAAGAGCACGAAUAAUACCAUGGUCUUGUAUGCAAGCCCCAGUGUUUGGUGUUUUGAACAUGAUGCAGCCUAUGGAGCUUGUGGUGAGUUCUGGGUUAAGGAAGGGCUGAUAACAGCGUUCAUGGGGAAAAGCUGUAUAAAUUAUGUCUUGCUCUGCAUGGAAGGAUUUUUCAUAGUUUAAUGUUACAAUGACCAAGCAACUUAUUUUCAUAUGCCGUCAUCCAGGUUGAUAACAGAGCCAGUGGGCAUCUCUGCUUUUCUUCAGGCUUUUUAUUUUUUUCAGUUUCUUGUAGUCCUUGUAUGGUAAAUUCAAAUAUCUCUUGUUACUCUUUUUCUUUGAAUACAAGCAUGAAGCGAAUAUAAUACAAUCUGCUUAACCAAUGCAAGUGCACUGGAUUUUAUAUAGCAGGGACAUGCAUAUUAUACUUUUCUCCCCCAUGGUUAAGGUCCUGUUCUUAGUUUGCUUUUUUUGCUGAUUCUGUAAGAUCAGACCUUAGCUAAAUAAUCAUUUAUAUUUCCAUUCUAGCUGGUGCCCUACUUGCAUUUUGGUUUGCAGAAAAAAAGGCCUAACGUAAGGUUUGUGCUGAAACUGUAAUCCAAUGUAAAUAGUGGAAUUUUUUCCAAGUCUAUUUCGAGGCAACAAAAAGGAAUAUGAGUUGUUUGGUUUUUGAUGUAUUGUUUGAUGGUAGCAAAACUUCUGUGGAGUCUUUUCUAAUGUGUGUGUACAUUUCCUGCUAAUGCCUCUGCUCCCUGUGCUGACCCCACUGAUGCCCAGACCUCUGGGUUUGGUUCCUUUCACUGAACACAGCUGAAAGGACUGAGCAGUGCCUGCACCAUGGCUGGCACUAAUGACAGUCUUUGCUGAGGUGGUGGGCACUGUUCUGACAUUGAGCAGAUGUUCUUUUCCCUAACAUUCUGUUGUACCUCUGCCAUCUCCCAAAGAUGGCUCUGCAAAACAGAGUAUGAAUUGCUGCUCACUGAAAGCAAUUGUCAGUCAGGAAACCCCACUUUCAGAAUGAUCCAGCUGGUAGAACCCACCUGCUGCUUGAAUCUGGCAACAAGGACUCUAGAGGCAAACCUUCUGAGUUGGUAAUAUCUCAUGCUGACUGCCCGUAAAAUUUGAGGGCCUGAACAUCUCCCACAUGCUGCAAAUUUUUAAAGAAAUAUGGUGAAAAUUACUAUUUCCAGGAUGUGGAACUGGCCAGACAAAGAAAGUUAUAUAUAAUAAUUAUGAAGUGUUAAUGAGGAAGUAAAUGAUUUGUUAUUGUUGCCUUUCAACUUAAGCUACACACUGAGUUUUCUUUACAGUAGUUAGGCAUAGCACUAGGUGAGUAAAUGAGGGCAACAUUCCUCUGAGAAGAGCAAUAAAUCUGUCCCACAGAGGAGGUUCAAAUAUAGGAAAAACAAAUGUACAAAAAAAAACAAAUGGAAAGAAACAUUCUCUGCUUUGGUGGCUGCCAUGUGGAAAGGGCUUAUGGUCCAUAGAUAGAACUGUACACAGCUGUGCAAGGGAACAGGCUAGUCAAGGUAAGGGCAGGGUUCAGGGUCCCCAAAAAUGCUGUAAUGUGUAGGGUGUGAUGGACAUCACCAGGAGAAAUCAGUAGUCUGGAGCAUCACUGAUGUUGCUUCUGGGACAUCUCAUGAUGUUGGAUCAGAUGGAUAUGUACUCCAGCUCCCAGAAAUGGAGGUUGCUGAAUUGUCCUUUUGCCUCAGGGUGUCUCAGUUAUAUGACAGUAAGUUCACAUAACCCAGCACUUGCAGGUAACACUGUCAGAAAAAAACAGUUUUACUGACUGCAGAAAAAUAAUAGUCCUGAUACUUCAUGAUGGAUCUGCAAAUUGCUUUGAUAGUACAAAGCACAUCAGGGGCUAAUUUGAUGCAGUUUAUUGUUUGCAAGAGGUGGAUUAUAAAUGUUGUUUGGAAUUGCAUCUUAUGUAACUGCUGCUGGGUAAGCAUGUGUAUGAGUAAGUGUGAGCUGGGAAAGGAAAAUGUGGUACUGGGAACUGUAAGCACAAGUAUUAUCACUUCCCAUAUGUAACAAACUCAUGCCUAGGGCAAGGAAGCACAAUUACUGACAGAAGCUGUGUUUGCUCAUGCAGGUGAUUUUAUUGUUCUAAGUGAUUUAUCACUCUGGCUAGCAUAUUUUGAUUAAAGACUUUUCUGGAAUGAUUGUAUUACAAGGAAAAUUGGAAUUGUUUACCUUCAAUAUAUGACCAGGUCUGCCUAUUAAAAAUGUUAGAUUUAUAAAGUACUUUAAUGUGGGUUUUAAACUGGUGGAAGACAAAGGGUCAAGGUUUGCUUCCCCAGGUUAGUCACAUAAUCUCUUUCAGUCUCUCCCUUUCACUUUGUCAGUCUCAGAAAUCUACAACUACACAUGUGAGAAACUUAUCAGAUACUUAAAUAUUUAAUGUACUUCCAAAUUAUUUUAUCUGUUAUCAAAAGCAUAUGCUGGAUUCUCAGAAUUUAUAUUGGAUGCUAAUGAUACACUGAUGAUUUCUGAAAAUGGAAAAACUGUUUUCACUUCCUUUACAAAAGGAAAAAAGAUGUUACAUUUUCAAACUGUUAGAUCUUGCUUUUAAGUCCUGAUUCCAGGAAGUGUGCAGCACCUGAAUUGCCAACACCUUGUUCUUUGUGCUCCUAGGUCACUGAUGGCAGAGUUCUAACUUUCUUAUGCAUUUAUUACUGUGAAAAGAGAUGGUUAUAAGUCCAACUCCCUUCUUUCUCUGAGGGAUCUGAGUGCAAACCAGAGUUAUGCACUAUGUUACUUUGGCCUGACACUAGAUUUACUUUUAGUAAAGACAAAUCAAACCUAAUACUCAGUCAACCCCUGUUCAAAAUGCAGAGUGGUGAAGCUGAGCCAGAAGGCAUUGAGUGCAAAGUGAGCUUUUGAGCACUGGAUAGAGCCAGUAUAAAAGCUAGCUGAAAACUACUUCACAAACUACUAAGAUGUCCCAAUAUUAAACAAAUUGUUACUCAUUUCUGCAAGGCACAGCUGACAGCUGAUGGAAGAAAUAUAAAUCACUUUAUUUAAAAAUCUGUCCAAAAUAAAAUUUGCCUUCUGUGAGAACUUAGCUUAUUGUGCUAAACCUCAGGGUGAGGAGUGGAUCUCCCACCCCCAUGGUGGUGGCUCUUCAGUCAGUUCAGGGCAGCAGAAGCAUCAUCUUCAUUUGUGAGGGUUUUUUCCCUUGUAUUAAUUGCAUGAUCUGCUUCAUAAAUCAACUUACAUUUAAAUGGAACAGCUUAAAAGUAAUUGUGCAGCUGAGCAACUGAUGAGUUAUUGUGCCUCAUGGCUACUGUGGCUGUGUGGGUAGGGACCAACAAGACAAAAAUUGGUCUCUUUAACCUCCAGUGUCCCUUAACUCUCCUCCAAUGAGUUUCCUGUCACUUUAAUUUAAGAAGUAUUUUGAUCAGCUUAUGAAAGCAAUUCUAUGAUGCAUUUGUCUCCAAUUCCCAAGAAACAAUGGCCCAAUCCUGUGUUCCUAAAUUCCCUACUGUACAUUGCCUUUCCUUUUUUCCUUUUUUGAUAGCUGUAUUAAAUGUUGUUAGGGAUGAUGCUGUGAGUAGAUCUGGUUUUAGAGGAUAGACAGAUGAAAUAAGCAACAUUUGGAGUGUCAUUGAGACCACUUCACUAAUUUCUUUUUGUUUGCAAAGCAGAUGUCUCUGUUAUGCACUCAAAUUCUUCACUGUCACCCAUUAUCAUAAAAUCAUUUCAGCAUAACUGGUUUUUAAUUCUCUAAGCCUUUUCAUGGGAUAUUUUAAAAUCAGUCUUUGUAGGAUAAAUUUCUCUUUAUAUUACAACUCAAAAUACCAGAAUCUUAAAAAUAAUCUUGUAAUAAGCAUUUUGUAGUUAAUGUAAUUAAGUUCCUUUCAGGCUGGUACUUGGAAUGCAAAUCAAGAGUUUUAUUUGCCUUUUUGGAAUCAGGUACCCUCUGAAAUGUUCAUGCUGAAGUUCUGUAAACUGUGUUGUGAUUCUGUGCUGUGACACUGUGUUGUCACUGUACUUAUUUCAGCAGAAUUUUUAAAACUGCCAUGAGUUCUGACUGAAGGAAAAGUGUAUGUAUGCAACAAUUUUCAGUGGAAAGGAAAACCAGAAGACAUUUUUUUGUUAUUAUAACUUAAGAGGAGAAGAAGUCCAUAUAUAUGAGUGUGAGGAUAUUUGAUAAAUUUACAUCUUCCUCAGAAAGUUUGAAAGUGGUGAUUUUUGCAAGAUUUAAAAUUGAUUAGGGGAUGCUGGUUUUUUUCCCUCCACCUUACUCCUAUCCAAAUUCACAAAUGAAUGAUACAAAAAUUUUUAAUAUCAGACUUCACUAUGUAGAAAGUAAAAAAUGAAGGGAAAGAGUAGCAAAAAUCAGAUCCAGUGAAUACUCAGGAGCUGGACACAACUCUGCAGAGUGUCAAUAAAUU